ACUCACCGGGCUGAUUUUAGGAAACGUGGCCUUAACAGCGAUCGGUUCCCCCUCAAUGAGCAGCGCACUCAGUGACACUCUAAUUAAACCGCUUGUAUCUAACGUUAAGCCUAUCCCGGUAACCGAGCGCGCUGAAACAUGGCGGAUGUGGAGCAGACCGCGCCGGCGCCCGACGGCUCAAGUAAUGGGUCGGAUUUGGUAAACGGGACUGCGGGCCGGUUCGUGUCCAGCGCUGAGGGUACGGCUCUGGCGUACGGCAGCCUGCUGCUCAUGGCCCUGCUGCCCAUCUUCUUCGGGGCGCUCAGGUCUGUGGGAUGCUCCAAAUCCAAGGGAUCUUCUGAUAUGCCCGAGACCAUCACCAGCAGAGAUGCAGCUCGAUUCCCCAUCAUCGCCAGCUGCACACUCUUCGGCCUCUACCUCUUUUUCAAGGUUUUCUCACAGGAGUAUGUCAACAUGCUGUUAUCCAUGUAUUUCUUUGUGCUGGGAAUAUUAGCGCUGUCUCACACAAUGAGUCCCUUCAUGUGCAGAGUUUUCCCUGCUAACCUGUCAAAUAAGCAGUACCAGCUGCUGUUCACACAGGGCUCAGGAGAAAGCAAAGAGGAAAUAGUCAACUAUGAGUUUGACACGAAGGAUCUGAUCUGCCUGUGCAUCAGCAGUGUGGUAGGGGUCUGGUACGUCCUCAAGAAGCACUGGAUAGCCAAUAACCUGUUUGGUCUGGCGUUUGCUCUGAACGGCGUGGAGCUGCUGCACCUCAAUAACGUCAGCACCGGAUGCAUUCUGCUGGGAGGACUCUUCGUUUACGACGUCUUCUGGGUUUUUGGCACUAAUGUUAUGGUGACAGUUGCCAAGUCCUUUGAAGCCCCGAUCAAGUUGGUUUUCCCUCAAGAUUUGCUGGAGAAAGGUUUGGGCGCCAGUAACUUUGCCAUGCUGGGACUCGGGGACAUUGUUAUUCCAGGAAUUUUUAUUGCUCUGCUCCUGCGCUUUGAUGUCAGUCUGAAGAAGAACACACGAACAUACUUCUACACCAGCUUCCUGGCUUACAUUUUUGGCCUGGGUCUGACCAUUUUCGUGAUGCACACCUUUAAACAUGCUCAGCCUGCUUUGCUGUACCUGGUGCCUGCUUGUGUUGGAUUUCCAGUGCUGGUGGCACUUGUUAAAGGAGAACUAACCGAGAUGUUCAGGUACGAGGAGGAAACGCCAUCAAAAGAAGAGACGACCGAAUCUGAAAAAGACAAAUAAAAGCCCCAAAUCAGCCCUCAUUCAUGUUUUGCAUUUGUCAUAGUGAUGUGGUCGCGCACAGACUCCUCUCCGUCUGCUCAUGGCGGUGACGUUGUGUAUUUCUGAACUUCUUUUAACGCCGCGCAACAGCUUUCUCAGUGCCUCUGUAAUGAAAUCCCCCUGUUCCUUUAUUCACCUCAGCAUUUGGAAACAUUGGUUAUAUUCACUUCCAAAGUUAUAUCUGUUAGAAUUAUGAAGUAUUUGGUUGGUAGACGUAAGACUUUCCGCAUGUGAUUCGAUAUUCAGAUAUCAUCCGAAUCUAAGGUCCGGCACCUACUCCAUGUACUCCUAUUUUGUUUGUUUUUAUUGUAGGAUCUCAUGAGGGAUUCGGUUUCUAGCUGUCUGUUUUAUUUAAUAAGACAAAGGCAUUCUGGAUUACAUGUGUUGUUUUAUUUUAUGCAAACUGUGGGACCAAUAAGAAAGAGACUGUUUGUUUUUCUCCCCCUGACGGAAGUUAAAGGAUGAACUUGAGUAGUGCCAUAUUGUUUCUUGCUCAUAUUUAAUGCACCUCAUGCUCGCCAUGGUUUGACCGUCUCUUCUUGUGUAACGCUUUUCUCAGUGUAAAUGUUUGAGCUUAUAUGAGGAGCACUGUUUUGAUUUUGUCUUUUAUUUGCAUUAAAUGUGUGGUGUUUACCAAUCUG